CGUAAAUUACCAAUUAGCACAAUUUGAUUUUUGCGAGGUCUCACUAAUUUCCUUCUUGGCGAAUAGGGUUGCUACGUUGCAAACUUGCAGUUUGGGUGAAAUUUUGCCACCGGAGGCUCCUCGUCGUCCACCGACCACAAUCCGCCGUGACUCCACUGGGCGAGCUUCCAUUUUCACGAACGUUCCGAUGCUCAACCUCCACUGCACCGCGUAGUCACCGCAGCACCAUUCUCAUUCACACAUCGUUGCCACUUCCAUGGCGAUUCCUUUUGGGAAGAUCACCAUUCUCGUUGGAGCUGGUUCAUACACAGUAAACUUAGUAUUUUAUUUUUUCUGGUUACUGAAUGUGACACGCUGUAAUUUAUUGCUUGCUUGAUCGUGGUUCGGGGCAGGGAAGUUUGAUGAAUAAAAACUAUAGUUUCAGUUGUGUGGGAAGGUCGAUACUUGGUCUGAUUGUGUGGUUUGAUUGUGGCGAUUGGUUGUCUUCUGUGCCGGAAUCUUAGCAUUGAGGUUAUGUGUUAGCUCGAGGAUCUUCCAAUAUGAUCGACGUAUAUAGUGAACUCGUGCUUGUUUAAUUUUCCAAUGUCGAUUUUUUUUUUUAACCCUAAUACGAGUGGAACCACUGUUUGUUUGAGUUUAGCAUCGGUGUCUUACUUGACUUUAUAGUUAAAGCUUUCGUGUGCUGUAGUCGAGUCUGCAUACCAUGAAUUGCCAAUCUGUUUGUCUGGUUGAGUUUCAAGGAAGUACGAGCUUGAGUUUCAGAUGCUGAAAACAUUGCGAGUGGGAGACGUCUUGGAUUUCUGUCGUACUUGCACUAAAUCAUCAUGCCAUUUGACGGUAUUGUUGGCUCUGUUCUGGCAAAAGAGGGACGGCUACCAUAUGUAUCGGAUUUUGCCUCAGGUGCCUUUAAGAUUGCUCUAAAGCGUAUUCGUCAAGAUGACUCUGGCACUACAAAAAGCAAACCACGGAAUGAUUCUUUAAUGGCUCAGGUAAAAAGCUUACGUGAAGAACUGCAAAUGUUAGCAUCAAAUCGUCAAAUGACAAUUGUGACUACUGGCGAGAGAGGGGGUAGGAAAUAUGGCGUAAUAAUUCUCGUGGUUGUAGUAGGAUAUGGGAUCGUUUGGAUGAAGGGAUGGAAACUUCCUGAUAUGAUGUUUGCUACAAAGCGUAGUCUAUCUGAUGCUUGCAGUUCUGUUGCUAGGCAGCUCGAGAAUGUUUACUCAUCCAUUUCGGCUACAAAACGGAAUUUAUCUUCAAAAAUGGACCACGUUGACAAAAGUUUGGAUGAAUCUUUGGAUGUCACUGCUGAUACAAAAGAAAAGGUAUCAGAACUACGAGGUAGAUCGGAUACUUUUGGCAGGGAUAUUAAAUCCGUUCAUCAUGCAGUCCAGACUUUGGAAAAUAAACUUUGGAGUUUUGAAGGAAAGCAGGACCGAACAAUUGAAGGCCUUAAGAAAUUGUGUAAUUAUGCUUGGAACAUGGAGAAUCGAAGGACUGUGGAGCGUACUCAGGCAAUUCCUUCUAGUUCCUCCAGGCAAGCUCCUGAACUCCCUCCAACAACACCGUCGCCCAAGCAAAAUCGGUCGUUGCCGAUUGGUUUUUCACCAGAAGCGCUGUCUCCCUCCGAGUCAAAUGCUUCUUCUAACCAGGCACAAGUUCAACGGCGAUCCCUUCAAAAUACCGUCUCAGACCCUGGCUUGAUGUUAAUAGGAGCUACAGAUUCAACUGCUUCAUCCGCUCCAUCUGCUCCAUCAAGCAGUAGCCUUGAUACAAUGUCGAAUGGGACUGGUACAUCCGAUCCCGCCAAAAGUGAGGCCGGGAAUUCUGGUCUUUCUGGACUUGGAUUUCUUACCAGAACGAGGAGUGCAAUGAGUGCAGUAUUCCGACAGUCUCGCUCAAGUGUUCAAUCUUGAGUAACCCUUCUUUUUGUAGAAUUAUCAAUCAACCUGACCGGCCGCGGGUACUCUGAGGACUUGUUAUAUAUCUAAAGCUAGCAGUGCCUAACCCAGAUGAAGAAGGUUUCGUAUAGUUUCUGGUGGGUACAGAAUUUUGUAGUUAUGAUUACAAAGCUCCUUUCUUUUUCUUCAUUUUCUUUUCUUCUUUUUCUUUUUGUUUUAGGUUUCAAGGUGGUUAUUCUAUUUUUUUUACUGUCUUAGAUAAUAAAAUGUUAUAAAUUGUAAUGUUAUUGAUGGAUUCUGAAGCCUUUUCCCCCUUCUUAAUCUUUGGGGUUCUUUGCUUGUUCUUGGUUUUGGUCCGUGGAGUUUUGAUUUUUUAUCCUUUGGCCUUUU